AUGUCUUACUAUCAAAGUCAGGGACGCGACCGUUCUAGGUCCAGAGAACGAGAUAUACCAGGUGGUGGUAUGUCGCCAAUGGCUAUGGCCAAUCUUACAUCCUUUUCCCCUGUGGGUGGAAUGGGAAACUCGGCACAAGAAAAGAUCAAUCGCGAACUCUUUGUGGGCAACACACCUCCAGGGACUACCGAACUCUUAUUGCUGCACUUUCUCAAUGCCGCAGUGAGGCGGGUCAAAAUAGUACAACCCCACGAAACGCCCAUUCUAAAUUGCCGCGUCAACUCCAAGUUCGCCUUUAUCGAAUUGACCAGCGCAGACGUGGCUAACAAAGUGUUGAAUAUCAAUGGAAUUCCCUUCUUGGGCGCCGUCCUCAAAGUGAGUCGGCCUUCCAAAUACGUAGGACCUCACACUCCGGCCAAAUCUUGGCAAGAAUUGACGGGACAAUCGUUGCCCACUGGAGCCGUACUAGACGCCGAGCAAGAAAAGAUUAGUCGAGAACUCUUUGUAGGAAAUACCACACCAGAAAUGUCCGAAAGCAUGUUGGUGGAAUUUUUGGGCAAUGCGAUGGAACAAGUGGGAUUGAAUGCCAUGGCAGGGAAUCCCAUCAAUGCCUGCCGUGUUUCGGGAAAGUUUGCAUUUAUUGAAUUAAGAACGGCUCAAGAGGCUGCUAACGCAUUGAACUUGAACAAUAUACCAUUCAUGGGCGCCCAACUACGAGUGGGCCGACCUUCCAAAUGGACUGGACCACCGGAUCAUCAUGGCAAUUGGGAAGACAUUUUGGCCAAGUACAUGUCUGGGGAACUUCAAUUGGGAGCUGCGGCGGCUGGAGGUGGUGCCCCUCCUGUUUCCGCCCCGCCACCGCUUAGCUUGGCCACCCGAGUGGUCGAAUUGCAAAACAUGUUGACAGACAACGAUUUGGUCAACGAAGACGAGUACAAUGAUAUCCUGGAAGACACUAGAGAAGAGUGCGGACAAUUUGGUCAAUUGAUAUCUCUGCACAUCCCCAGGAAGGGAGAAGCUGGGGCUACCAAAAUUUAUUUGGAAUAUGGUUCGAACGAAGACGCAGCCAAGGCGAUUGCCGGUUUGGAGGGCAGAACCUUUGAUGGGCGAAAGGUUUUGGCUGCCUUUUUUGAUGAGGCCAAGUUUGCCAAGAAGGAAUUCUAG